UCAGUCAAGUCAAGAAGAAAGACUUGUUGCUGAUAAUGGCAAGAAGAAAGGCAAAGAAAACAGUUAAGAAGUCCAGCCCUUCAUCUGGACGACACGCAAAAGAUGAAGCAGCGGAUAAGAUAAAGACUCACUCCGAUGAAGAUGUUGAACGGCAUGCUGCUGCAAUCCGUGCCAUUCGGGAUGUGGAGAUCGAGCGUUUGAUUACUGAAUUGCGGUUGCUUCGUUCGUAUUUCAACAAAGAGCAAUUGCAAACUCCUCUAUUGCAAUUUUUCGAAGAGAAACUUCCAAGCUUGUCCAUUUCGAUAAGAGGCGACCAAGGAGAAAUUGAAGUACAAUGGAAGGAUACAGAGGAUGAAUUACACACCAAUCCAGCGGAUGGAGUAGAUAUACAUGCUUCUCUUCUUCAUCGCCUUUCCACAGCUUAUCCUUACUGCUCUGCCGGAAUGCGAUCGUUUAAUGGAUUUGAAUUUUCCAGUAAAUCAGUGAAAACAAAUCCUUUCAAUGCCGAGAACCUUCAAAUUCCAAACUUUGUUUUGGAGGAGCCCUCGGAUAAUAUGGUGCUUGGCAUGCCAGACAUUCUCCAAACUCCUGGGAUAAGUAACCAAAGAUUGUCUAUUGGGAUGACACCGAAAACCCGAAGACUGCCAAAGCCAGGCGAGAUGCUCGUGUCUAUCCAUGGAUCCCCGCUUGGUGUUUACAAGGAAGACAACAUGGAAGCAAUCCAUGAAUCAGAAGAGGGUUGAUCGGUUGAUUCAAGGUCACUUGACCGACUGUCAAUAGAACCGAAACUUCAAAUGCGUCUAUUCCGAAUGUCGUUCUACCCUUUCUUUCAACCUUCUUUUAUGGUCCCUAACCUUUUAUUACUUUGUUAAAGGCUACUCUUACAAGUGUAACCGAGAAUUAGUGCGUUUCUACUAGAAGGAAUGGGCAUGUACAAACGUACAAUAGCUCCACUAGAUUACUAUGAACGGUUAAGUUCACCAUUUUGUGAUUCCAAAAAUAUCUGAGGUGCGCCCGAGGGGAGCGAUAGAAGAAGGUUGAGUCGAGGACUCUUAAGGUUUGUUUGGUGCAUAAUCCAUAAACAAAUAAGUAAAUACAACUAAUGUGGGAUGAUGGAGAAAGUGAAAAUGGAAAGAUGCAGCUUGAAAGUUGGGAGAACAACACUUCUGUGGUUUAGAGUGAAAAUGAAAGAGGAGGUUUUCAAUGGAAGAAAUAUGGUUUGGUUUGGGCCUCAAUUGGAAUUUCUGACUUGCUUUUCUUCCUUUCUUUUUUUCCCCCUCAAUGUCAUUAUUUUGAAUUUUCUGUAUUUCUUCCACUUUCCUGUUAAUGUGAAAGAAAAAAGUGACAUUUUAGUGGUUUGAUUAUAUUCCUUCCCCUAGUGAAUGUGAUUGUCUCCUUUUAAUUUCUUUAAAAUUGUGUACAAAAUGAUAUAGAUAUUUUGAGUGGUUAGCUCUAUAAAAUCCCAAUUGUUGCAAA